AUGUCGAUUGUGAAAGAAGACGUGUACGAAUCGGAAGGAAAUGUUGAUGAAAAUUCGAAAAACGUUUCGCUUUUGCAAGAUGAUCCAAAAAAUCCAGAUAUUGAAAUAGUUUCCGUUGAUGUCGACGAGGCUAUGAAAAAAUACAAAGGCAAAGUGUUGAACCUAAAAUCCGUCGAUUAUUCCGAUUAUAUUGCGAAAAAGAGGCGUCAUGCAUUUGGAAAUAAUGUCUAUGUGCUGGAAGUCGCUGGAUCAGGUUAUUCUGGUCUUGAAACUCCUACUGAAAAACUUAACAGAAUUUUGUAUGAAAUUGCGGAUUUGAACGAACAAGUUAAAGGAGACGAAUCAUUGAAAAAUGAUUUGUUGAAUGAGGAAGUUCUUGAAAGUCUUUCAGCCGAAGUUAAGAACCUUCAAACUACAUCAAAAACUCCAGUUUCUCAUGAUUCGGCUAAUAUCGACAUUGCUCAGCGUACUAGCGAUCCAAAGUUGUACGCUUUGGACGCAAGAUUGAGAAAACUUGAAAAGGUAUUGGGAUCUACUGUGAUUCCCACAGUGCCAAUUCUGGAUUCAAUUGAAGACAUGAAAUUGAGAUGUGAAACGUUGAAUUCGUCCUACGUUUCUGGCCUUGAACAACGUCUCAAUGUCCUUUUAACGAAGUUUGAUCAAGUCGAGGAGAAAAAAGCACGACAUGAAAUUGACGAUGAUAUCGAGAAGAAAAUCAACGAUAUACUCGAAAUGAUGCAAAAAUGGGAUGUAGCAUGUUCAUCGCUUUCAAGUAAUGUGAACAAGGUCAAAGCGCUGAGUAGGCUCCACGAGCAAGCUCAACAAUUCGCCUCCCGUCUCAGUCACUUACAGAAAAUUCGCGAGAAAUUGGAAAAGGAAGUGGUGCAGGGUCGCGCUGCGAUUCUCGAAUUUGAGACAACGGGCAAAUCAGAAAUGGCGGUCGUCAUCGACAAGUUGAAGCAGCUUGAGGCUACUGUAGCAAAUUUGAAAUGA